CUCGUUUUCUUGCUCUCAAUUGCUUCGCUCAUAAUAUACUUCAUAGACGCUUCAAGUGACAGCGUCGAGAAGUGUCAAAAGUGGAAUGAGAAUGCUACCCAGCAAGUGGACCUAGCACUGAAUGUAUUCUUUAUGGUCUAUUUUUUCAUUCGCUUCAUUGCUGCCUCUGAUAAGCUAUGGUUUAUGCUCGAGCUUUAUUCUUUUGUCGAUUAUUUUACAAUUCCGCCUUCUUUUUUGUCACUCUAUAUCGACCGAACUUGGAUUGGUCUUCGUUUUUUGCGCUCCCUUCGCUUGAUGUCCUUUCCUGACAUCUUGCAAUAUCUCAAUGUUUUGAAAACUUCAUCCUCCAUUCGAUUGGCUCAACUCAUAUCUAUUUUAGUCUCAGUUUGGUUGACUGCUGCAGGCUUAAUACACUUGCUUGAAAAUUCUGGCGACCCGCUUGAUUUUCGAAACGGCCACUACAUGUCUUACUGGGACUGUGUGUACUUUCUCAUUGUCACAAUGUCAACGGUCGGCUACGGAGACAUUCACUGCACGACCACACUUGGUCGCACCUUCAUCGUCCUGGUCAUUCUCGUUGGCCUGGCAGUCUUUGCCUCCUGUAUCCCGGAGAUUAUUGACCUUAUCGGCUCACGGCCCAAGUACAGCGGCACUUUUAAGUCUGAAAGACGGCGCAGACAUAUCGUGGUUUGCGGACAUAUCAACUUUGAAAGUGUUUCCAACUUUCUCAAGGAUUUCCUCCACGAGGACCGCGAAGACGUCGACGUUGAGGUGGUCUUCCUGCACCGGAAGCCGCCUGACCUGGAGCUGGAGGGCCUCAUCAAGCGGCACUUCACCACGGUGGAGUUCUUCCAGGGCUCAGUGAUGAAUCCCAUUGACCUGAGUCGGGUGAAGGUGUACGACGCUGACGCCUGUCUGGUGCUGGCGAACAAAUACUGCCAGGAUCCGGAUGCAGAGGAUGCCGCAAACAUUAUGCGCGUCAUUUCCAUAAAAAACUACAGUGAUAAUAUUCGGGUCAUUGUGCAGUUGAUGCAGUACCACAACAAAGCAUAUCUACUGAACAUUCCUUCCUGGAAUUGGAAGCGAGGCGAUGAUGUCAUCUGCGUAAGCGAACUUAAACUGGGCUUCAUUGCACAGUCCUGCCUGGCGCCCGGAUUCAGCACCAUGCUGGCCAAUCUUUUUGCCAUGAGAUCAUUCAAAACGUCGCCAAACAUGCCUGCCUGGCAAAAUGACUACCUCUGUGGUACAGGCAUGGAAAUGUACACUGAAUUUCUAUCGCCUGCUUUUGAAAAUAUGACCUUUCCGCAAGCUACUGAACUGUGUUUCUUGAAAAUCAAACUGCUUUUAGUUGCUAUAGAGGUGAACGAAGUUGAGUCGGGCUCUAACAUCAUUAUCAACCCAAAAAGCAACUAUCGCAUACGUGGCAAAACACAGGGUUUCUUCAUGGCACAAAGUGCUGAUGAAGUGAAAAGAGCUUUGUACUACUGCAAAAUUUGCCAUUCCGACAUAAAAGACGAAAAGCUAAUCAAAAAGUGCAAAUGCCGAAUCAAUGGCGGCAAACGGCAAUUUGGAGGUAUGCCUGGCGGACCGGGCAAUGGUGGCCAAGGUGGCCAGGGUGGCCACGGCGGAAACCGUGAAGGGCGCUCCUCGAGCGGAAUCCGAGAGCGUCCUCGCGUCAUGACUGCCCCCAUGAAUGCUAAUGAUGUGUACCUGUUUGAAGAGGAUGGUGGGGAGAUGCACCAUCAUCAACAACAUCGUCACGCCCAUCACCAGCAGCAACUGCAACACGCCCAUCACUUUCAGCAGGGACAGCAACACUAUGGGCGCAUGGCAGGAGGCGGUGGUGGGGGUGGUCACCGAGGACACAGCAGUCGCACGGUGAGUCAGAGUGAGCCACCGCCCAGCAGUCUGGAGCACCGAUCAGCCUACGGACAACAGCAGCAGCAGGAGCAGCAUUCGGCAUUUGAGAUGACCGAUGUCAGCUCGAGCAGUGGCGCAGGUGGCCCGAUUGUGCCCAUUCAACAGCAGCAAACGAGCACCGAAGUGGCGCCCUACUCGCCACAUGUCCGCCUCUCCUAUGAGGUGAAAAAGUUGUUGCCUGCAGCCGCCAAACCCGAGUCACUGGGCCUGGCGCCGGAGAUCAGCGGCGAGCCGACGGAGCAGGACCAGCUGCGCUUCCAGCGCGACGAGAAGGACUUUGAUUUUGACAAAACGGAGAUGAAGUACGACUCGACGGGCAUGUUCCACUGGUGUCCGGCGAAACUGCUGGAAGACUGCGUUCUGGAUCGGAACCAGGCGGCUAUGACGGUUCUGAAUGGGCACGUCGUUGUGUGCCUUUUUGCCGAUCCCGAUUCGCCGUUGAUUGGCCUGCGAAAUCUAGUCAUGCCUCUACGAGCUUCAAAUUUUCACUACCACGAGCUUAAGCACGUCGUCGUAGUGGGCAAUGUGGAGUACCUCCGUCGAGAGUGGAAAAUGCUGCAGAAUCUGCCGAAAAUUAGCGUUCUCAACGGGUCGCCGCUGUCACGGGCAGACCUGCGCGCCGUCAACAUUAAUCUGUGCGACAUGUGCGUCAUCCUCUCCGCGAAGAUACCCUCCUCGGAUGAUCCGAAUCUGGCGGACAAGGAAGCGAUUCUCGCCAGUCUGAACAUCAAGGCGAUGACAUUCGAUGACACCAUCGGAGGGCAUCCGACCAACGCCGAUCCGGCCAUCCAGUCGGAGGACUCUCUGCGCAAAGGUCAAGUGUAAGUAGAAAAAUAAAAUGCAAAUGUGCCACUGAUCACCGAACUGGUGAAUGACACGAACGUGCAGUUUCUGGACCAGGACGACGACGACGACCCGGACACGGAGCUGUACCUGACACAGCCGUUCGCCUGCGGCACCGCUUUCGCCGUCUCCGUCCUCGACUCUCUCAUGUCGACGACGUACUUCAACGCCAAUGCUCUCACGCUCAUUCGCAGCCUGGUCACCGGCGGGGCGACGCCCGAGCUGGAGCUGAUUCUGGCGGAGGGCGCCGGCCUGCGCGGCGGCUACUCGACAACCGACACUAAAAAGAAUCGGGACCGCUGUCGAGUGGGCGUAGUCUCGCUGACAGAGGGGCCGCUCGGAAAGUACGGCUCCCACGGGGGCAAGUACGGCGAUCUGUUUGUGGAGGCGCUGCGCGCCUACGGCAUGCUCUGCAUUGGCGUGUACCGCUACCGGGACGUGGACUUUGACGAGAACGCCUCCAACAAGCGGUACGUCAUCACCAAUCCGCCCAUUGAGAUGGACCUGGUGCCCUCGGACUUGAUUUACGUCCUGCUGCAGUUCGACCCUGGCAUCGACUGCCAGAAGAUAGCGAAGAAGCGCUCGCAGCAGAACAUGAACAAUGACAUCAUUUCGCUGCCCAACUUUGAUGACCUGGUGGACCCGAGCAGGGAGAUGAAUCGGGUAGUGGCUGCUGCCUCCGCUGCUGCAGCUGCCAAGUCUGGUGGCGCCAACUCGAGCAGUCGGGCGUCGAGCAGUGUGGCGAUGCAGCAACAGCAUCAGCAGCAGCAGAACAGCAGCAGUCUAACGGGCGGGCCCAGCGGCAGCAGCGUCAUGAUGACGCUAGACGGCGCCACCAGCAGUGGCAGCAGCGUCACCGGCGGGGGCGGGGGCGGGGGCGGAGGGCCCCACCAGCAAAUUGCUGAGCAGGCAGUUGAGCAUAGGCAGUACGUGCAGCAUCAGCAACAACAGGGUCGAUCUCGGUCGAGUGACUACGCACUGAUGGCCCGUCGUCGACAGGAACAACAGGCGAUGAUGAUGCACUCUUCAGAGGUAGAGGAGGAGGAAGCGAUGUACCCCAUUGAGGAGUUUCAGCUGCAGCCAGUGCCACGACCCGAGCACCGGCGACGAGCGGCGGCAGAGGCGGCGCUCAUGCGACAGGAGGCCAUCUUUGAGCAGCAGCAGCACCAACAGCAGCAUCACCCUAGGCGACAG